GAGAGAAAGGGAAAAGCUAACGUUCCGACAUCCCUGACCGAGCAGGACCCUCUCAGCAUCUCCUCCAGACAAUGGGCUAAACUCGCUGCCUGCUUGCGCCGCAAUUCACCUCCAGACACCCCAGGUUUGUGUUUUUGCGGAUGGGACGUGGAGCAACUUCGCCGUAAAAAAAAAAAAAAAGGAGAUCUUUGGCCGCGCAGACAAACCACCGCUCAGCUACGAGGCCAGACCAGAGUCUAAGAUGCCCUAGGCGGGAGAAGGAAAUGUAAAUGGCUUCCAAAGUAAAAGAUGCUGUUGUUUGGUACCAGAAAAAGAUUGGAGCCUAUGACCAGCAAAUAUGGGAGAAAUCAGUGGAGCAAAGAGAAAUUAAGUUUAUUUCUCUGGGCUUGAGGAACAAGCCAAAGAAGACCGGCCAUGUCAAACCAGAUCUGAUAGACGUGGAUUUAGUUAGAGGUUCAGCGUUUGCCAAGGCCAAACCAGAGAGUCCGUGGACGUCGCUGACCAGGAAGGGCAUCGUCAGGGUGGUUUUCUUCCCGUUCUUUUACCGAUGGUGGAUUCAGGUCACCUCCAAGGGCAUUUUCCUCCUCCUGUUGGCGCUGUACCUGCUGCAAGUGGCGGCGGCGGCGCUGUACGGCACCAUCUCCCUGCCUCAUGGGAUCCCAGCCACCGAGGUGUUUGGGGCCAUCUGGCUCAUGCUGCUGCUGGGAACCGUCCACUGUCAGAUCGUCUCCACCAGGACCCCCAAACCCUCCUCCAGCAGCGGGGGCAAGAGACGCAGGAAGUUGAGGAAGGCAUCUCAGAUGGAGGUGCAUAGGGAAGGAGACGGGUCUAGCACUACCGAUAACACACAGGAGGGGGCGCCACACUCUCACUCAGCCAGCACCACAUACAGCCUGGGCGCUUUCUUCCAAGAUUUCUGGCAUGAUAUCUGUAAAGCUGGAUCUAAGAAGUCCAAGCUGUCCAUCGAUAAGUCCACGGAGACGGACAACGGCUACGUGUCGCUGGAUGGCCGGGUGACCAACCGCAGCAGCGAGGAGGGCCUCCAGCUGCACGAGCAGCGAUGUGACAUACUGACCCGUCCAGAAGAGGCGUGCUGGAGUCCUCUCGCCCCCCCCGGGCAUUCUCACACGGUCCGCAGCUCCGGACUCAUCAUGGCAGGCAGCACUAAGGAGCCUGCAUCUGAUGAAGCUUCUAGUGAGGAGGAUCCUGAGGCGUCCUACAGCGCCCUCCGCAGGGCAGCCGAGAGGAAGAACAGUGACUGUACACUCAGAAACCGCAAAAACACACUCCUUUACAAGAAACACUAUGCCGUGGAGGAUGUUCCUAAAUCUGGAACCAGCUGUAGCUCCAGAUGUUCCAGCAUGAGAACGCAGGACUCUGAGAGCACGCGGCACGAGUCGGAGACGGAGGAUCUGAUGUGGGAGGACUUCCUGCACUGUGCAGAGUGCAGAUCGUCCUGCACCUCAGAGACAGAGGGAGAAGGAGGCGGAGCUUCAGUCUGUCCUCCAUCUAAGAAGGAAUACAGAGACGACCCUUUCCACCAGAGUCACAUCCCCUGGCUGCACAGCACCAACCCCGGCUUGGAGAGGGUGAGCGCCAUCGUGUGGGAGGGAAACGAGUGUAAGAAGGCAGACAUGUCCGUCCUGGAGAUCAGCGGCAUGAUCAUGAACAAAGUGAACCUCUACACUCCGGGUAUUGGUUACCAGGUCUUUGGGAACCUGGUUUCAGUCACACUGGGACUCACACCCUUCGUGUACAGGCUGGUCCAACACUGCGACCUGGAUCAGCUCACCACGCUGUCAGCCAAUGAGAUGGUCUCUGUUGCUCUGGGGGGAGGAUCCGAAUCUGACGCCUUGGUAAUCACCAUGGUGACGCUCAGCUUCCUGGUGCGCGUUUGCCUUAUAUGGCUCUUCUUCUUCCUGCUCAGCGUGGCAGAGAGGACCUACAAGCAGAGGCUGCUGUUCGCCAAACUCUUUGGUCACCUGACGUCGGCACGCAGAGCCAGGAAGUCUGAGGUUCCACAUUUCAGACUGAAGAAGGUUCAGAACAUCAAGAUGUGGCUGUCGCUGCGCUCCUACCUCAAGAGACGAGGUCCUCAGCGGUCAGUGGACGUCAUCGUGUCGUCUGCCUUCCUCCUCACGCUGUCAGUGGUCUUCAUCUGCUGCGCCCAGCUUCUGCACGUCCACGAAACGUUCCUGGAGUAUCACUAUAACUGGGAGCUGGUCAUCUGGUGCACCAGUCUGUCUCUCUUCCUGCUCAGGUUUGUCACUCUGGGCUCAGAAACCAGCAAGAAGUACAGCAACACCUCCAUACUGCUCACUGAACAGAUCAACCUCUAUCUAAAGAUGGAGAAGAAGCCAAACAAGAAGGAGGAGCUGACGCUGGUCAACAACGUCCUAAAACUGGCUACCAAACUACUCAAGGAGCUGGAUACUCCGUUCAGGUUGUACGGUUUGACCAUGAAUCCUCUGCUCUACAACAUCACCCAGGUGGUCAUCCUGUCUGCGGUGUCAGGAGUCAUUUCUGACUUACUAGGAUUUAAUCUCAAGCUCUGGAAGAUCAAAUCGUGACACAUCAGCGUUGCUCCGACCUCCGAUGUUUCCGCUUUGUGCAAUUCACAGAUUAUUUAUUUACCCACUCAGUGUUUCUACUUAGGGUUUGUUUUAAUUCUAGGUUGUUCUACGUUGGCGGUCUGUAACACCAGACAAAGGUAUAUUUGCCUUCUGCAAAACUCGCUAGUAUUAUGAACUUAAGUUAUUAAAUGGUUACGUUCUCAGCUGCACCUCUGAAGGCUAAGAGAUGUAAAUGGGGUAAAAGAAUCUGUUUCACUGGCUUAACUUAUUUUUUUUAAGCUACCUUUUUAUUUUAUGCUGAUAAUGCUCAGCAAGCAGACGAUAUAUUCUGAUAUAAACAAUUCCUCUAUUUCAGUAGAUGGUCCUGCCUAGCUAUUAUUGUCACGUGUUGUUGCUGGUAGCGGAGAAAAUAAAUCCAUGACUUGUCCCUAGAGAACCUGCAGCAAACAAUCAUCGUAAGGAAAUUUGGGCCUCAGCAGUAUUUCAAACAAUACGUGUGUAGAUGGAGAGCUUAGGACAAUUUAAAAACAAAAAAAUGUAUUAGAAUAAGCAGCAAAACCUUUGUAUCAGUGUUUUAUUGUAGAUAAACCUCAGUUUGCUUCUGAGCAAAUUAAGAUUUCUGAACCAGAAGAGAGAAAAGUUUAAGUUUUUAAAAGGAGAUCAAAAGUUAAAUUGGUCCAGUUAAAUAAUUUUGAAGAUGCAGUUUUCUGUUGCUCAUUUUUGUAUAAAGUACAAUCUGACGACUGACUUCACUGGAUUUGGCCGAGCUCCUGGCAGCAGUAGAUCUGAGACGACGGCGUCUGUAUGCAAAUGAAAAUAUGCACUUUAACAACAGAUUUAAAGGGGAAGAAGGUUACAAAUGUCUUUGUGGUCAUAUUUCUGUGUACCUCACAACAAACUGUGAGCUAACAUUUCUAUAUUGACAAUUCAAAUCAUUCUCCAGAGGAAGUCCGACAUGGUACGUGAAGAAAUGUUUCACAGGGAGAUUAGUAUGCUGACAUAAAUGAAGCCUCGGGUUUGAUUUGUGAAGUUACGUUAUUAUCAUUUACGUGUUGGCAGCAUUCAAGGAGGAAGACCAAAGUGCUUUUGUAAUUGUUUUUGUUCGUCUCUGCUGGGAAAGAAUGUAUUUUUAGCGUUUGGCUUUAAAAAUCUAUUUAUUUCCCUUCAGAAAAUACUUUUAGUAUUGUUUUUUUCUCUGUCUUCAUUUGUAAAGGUUUAUGUUCACCGGAAAGCCGAGGCAUGAUUUACUGUUUUAUGAAAGUGACUAAAGGUAUAAGACGGUGUUGUGAUGCUGUCAGAAUAUUUAGAUUUACUUUUUGUGUGUCUGAGGUCUACUUUUUUUUAUAAUAAAAAAAUGGAUAUUGAAA